UUCCGUAACCCAUAAUUAAGUAAACGCUCUCCAGACUAACCCACAGUGCUUAUAAAACCCCCGAGUGGUUCUGAGUACCUCUAAUUGUCGAGAGGUCGGCUAUACAUGUUAUACAUAUAGAAGAGCUCCUCCAACAAGGAAGAAAAGAUGAGACUUCUUUGGAUUUUUUCGCUUGCCCUGGUAUUCAGUUUGGCUCUUUCCGACGAGUCUAACUGUUUUGGAAGCACGUGUGAGGAAUGUAUGAAAAACAGCGAGACUGGGAAAUGCAUCUGGUGCGGUGCCGCAAACUAUACUGCUGGUCCACGCUGCUUCUACGUGCGAGAUUUCGACGCGAGAGGCAAAUGUGCCGGGAGCAUGGUUAACUGGCCUACAAAGCUCGCCUACAUCAAGGCAAGGCAGCUCACUGACAAGGUCAUUGUAGGAAACGACAUAGUCCAAUUCAUAGGCCGGAAAGGCGGGGAGACGGAACACAGGGUCGCCAUUCGAGUUCCUGGAACAUACUCGCGCAAGAAAAAGGUGACGGCUGUAUUUAUCCUACCAAAUAUGGGCAAAACUGAACCUGUAGCACUGACGAUCGAUAUCAAAUGCCAAAACAGAGUUGUUUCGAGGAAGAAUCAUAACAAAGUGAAAUGCAAGAAACUCAGACGACAGCAAGAGAUUUAUUUCGAUGUGAAGAUUAAAUAUCUGGAGGAUAUGGCCCCAAAACAAAAAAAGAAAUAUAAGCUGAAAGUAAAGAUUGGGAAACAGAAGCAAAUUCUGAGAAUAAUUGCACAAGGAAUUGAACCAUGCAAAUGCAGCAAUAAGAAAACAAAAGCACCUGUCUGCAAAUGGAAAAUGGAUUUGGGAAGCAAAGGGAACGACAAAUGUGUGUGUACGGAUUCGAACUCUCCCGCCGCUACAUCAACGUCGGUGGUAGAGGGUGCCACUCCAGUCGGUGGCCCGGAAUUCGUGGGUGGCGGAUCCGGGGCUGUGGAGGGUGCCAUAGGGGGUGGUAUCGGGGGACCCGUGGGAGGUGGUAUGGGUCAGGGAUUUACCAUUACAGAUGAGGUACUGAGCCAGCUUCCUAUGGGGUCCCCUGGUAGUGACAUUGAAUGCGAGUCCUGUAAUGAGAUGUGCCCUGUCUACGGACAGUGUGUGGACUGCUUCGUCUUCUCCGGGUCCCCCAUGCCUAACGCCAGAUGUCGCCAGUUAUGCGGGGGUAGACGAUUUGCUCCAACCAUCAGACGAGUCCGAGGCUUUCCCGACGAAAUCAAUAAGUGUAGUUACACCGAUGAGCAAGGCUGCAAACUGAAGUUUCAGGUCAUACAGGACAGGGUAUUUGAAGUGUCUAUGAAGAAAGAUUGUGGAUUUUCAUUGUGUUCAAACAAUACGUGUCCAGCACCUAAUGGUAGAAUUUGCAGUGGUAAGGGUUUGUGCCAGUGUGGAGUCUGUGCGUGCGAGCCUGGGUAUUUCGGCCAAAGCUGUGAACAGUGCCAGAAUUGCAAUGCAAAAUGCUACGACCUGAUGCCCUGUGUUGCGUGUAUGUCCUUCAACGUGUUUAAGAAUUUCAAGAAUGCUGAGGAAUGUCGCACCAAUUGUGCACAGUACAAUAUUCAGACAAUGGAAUCGAUGUCUCCACCCCCACCUAGUGCCAGUCAAGGUCAAAUGAGUUUAUGUCAGGCAUUUGACUCGGACAAGUGCUUUUACACUUUCCAAUACACUCAAACAGGAAAUGACGUCACACAAGUCAAAGUUCUUCCGCAAAAAAUUUGUCCGGAAUACGGCGGAAAGUGAGAGAGGGUCUACAUAGAUGAACCAACCAUAUGAAUCAAUCUCUUAUUUUGUACAUUUAUAUUGUUUUUACAUAUUGAUAAGUCAAAAUGUUAUCAUAUAAUUACAUGUAUAUAUACUCAACGAACUUUAGUGUAAAUUCUUUAUAGCUUUGAGAAUAAAUUUUUAUACUCUUAAACGUAA